GUGGGUUGCGAACCAACAACCGGAGUGCAAGUUGUGCUCAACCCGCACACAUCGGCACUUCUCAACUCACGGCAUCGACGGGAUGGCAAAUGGCGGCAGCAUCGAGGGGUACCUAAUCAAGCUCGACGACGAAUAUGGCAGCAUCGUGUACUGCAUCCUCGAAGAAGGCACGCUGCAAUACUACAACGGGAAGGGCGGCGUGCUGCUAGGCGAGCUUCAACUCUCGGGGAACAAGGUCAACGCGAAUCUCAUUCGCAACGACUCGUCGUCGCUGCCAAAUCGGUUUGUUAUUUCGAGCCGCAAACGAAGCACCGAAGCCAAGAAGGAGGCGAUGACCAAAGUGUUUACGCCGGAACUCGAGCAUGACCAACGACUGCUCUUUGCUGCCUCCACGCCCGAAACCCAAGAGGAGUGGGCCACGGUCGUCCUCAACUGGAACAAGCACUGUUGGGACGAGACGUCCUCCAUCUUCAGCUACAAGGACGAAUCCCACGCGCUCCGCCAGUUGCUGCGAUCCCACAAUAUCAAGGAAAAGCCACGGAAAAUCAACCAACCUGGCAGUGGCCAUGCUGUUCCAGUGCGAUAGCAACCUGCGAGUCUGCCCUUGCAGUUUUAAAUUAAAAGAGUCGUUUCGUCUUGAGAUUGC